UAGCCUUGUGAGAUCAAAGGCCUUCUGAGGCAUUAGAACUGAUUGCAUUUUGCUGAUGUUCCCUCUGACAAUGAGCCGAAAGAACUGCUAUUUGGCUUGCAAAAGGGUGCACUACAGAAAACAGUAUUGUCUGCGGUGAAGAGAUGUCUGGUGGAUGAUAUGGCCAAGCAUCUUGUGGUGGCUGUUGCUCUCUGGGCUGUGGGGGGCCCUGCUGGCCUUCACCAUCUCUAUCUGGGCCGAGAUAACCAUGCCUUACUCUGGAUGCUGACUUUGGGUGGAUUUGGAAUAGGGUGGCUUUGGGAGCUGUGGCUGCUACCUGGUUGGGUAGCACAGGCAAAUGGUACCCCAAACUUGCCCAAUGGUCAACACCCACCUUUGAACCCUGUGCGCUUUCUUGGCCAAGCUUUAGUAGGCAUCUACUUUGGGAUAGUGGCUUUCAUUGGUCUCUCUACUCUGCCAGGUUUUUACUUUCUGGCUCUCCCUCUGGCUGUGGGCCUUGGAGUUCAUUUGGUGUCUGAAGUGGGUGACCAAGCCUCCAAUCUUCAAGCAAUCUUAAUGGCUACCUUCAUAACUGCACCAAUCUUCUAUGGCCAUCCUCUGGGGAUCUUGCCCAUUACUCUCACCGCUAGUGUGACAGCCCAGAAGUACCGACGAUAUAAAGCCAACAAUAGCACCAAGAAGCAGCUUAGCCUCCGACUUUACCGACUAGGUCUGGCCUAUCUGGCUUUCUCAGCUCCACUGGCAUACUGUGCCUUCAGCAACACAGCAGCCACUGCCAACUACAUAGCCAGCAUAAUUGGAGCAGCCCUGGAUUAUGUCAGCGUGUUUCCAUCAUUGAAUGGAAUAUUGGAAUCAGCGCUGCUUUUCCCCUACCAUGCCUGGAAGAUGUUGGGCUUCAGUGGUGGCUAUUUCCAGGAAUGGGAGAACAUUUUUAAAUUUGUACAGUCCUUCCAGAACGAAAGACGUCAGAUGGCAUAUCAGAUCUUAGGUGUCCCUGAUGAUGCCACUCCAGAAGAAAUCACCAAAAGCUACCGGGAGCUGGUGAAGCUUUGGCAUCCUGAUCAUAAUCGGCAUCAAGUAGCAGAAGCUGAAAGACGUUUUAUUGAAGUGCAGGCUGCCUAUGAGCUCCUCAUGCAGACAAAGAAACCAAAAUCUGCAUGAUUGUAUUUUAGAUGUCACAGAAAUUCUGUUACCAUCAAGCAGCUGGGGAUCAAACCAUUAUUAUUAAAGUAAUGGUUCUCAAAAUACAUGGACCAUGUUAUAAGUGUGCUACUUUCUAUGUAUUUUAAAUUUAUUAGGUGAAGAUUACAAGCACAACUGUUUUAUCAUCUUUCACUAAAUGGUGGUGGUAGUUUCAGGACUCAUGGUUUUUGGGACAUUGGGGGGAGGGACUUCUUAUUGGACUGCUUAUUCUCUAGGCUUGUUUUUUUAUGAGGAGAUAUUCACAUUCCCUUUUCAGGUUGCCCAUCUCCUGAUACAAAAAGGGAAUCAGUGCCAUCAACCUUUGCUGGUUUCUGCUCCUGAAAUAUCUGUACUGUAUUGAAAAAAAUAGGUAUUUUACAGUAUUUAUCAAAUAAAUCCUACUUUGUUAACAAUGGGGA